UUACCGGCGUUACAGUCAUAAACGGUGACACUGGUGGUCAUUGGUGUUCUUCCAAAAGAGCAGUUAAAGUGUUUCAAUAAAACUAUAAUUUAUAUAGCAUAAAUAAUUUUGCUAUAUUAUUUAAAAACAAUAUUGAAUAAUAAGUUAUUAUAAAUAAAUAAACGUGACGGAAAAUUUAAGGUGUUAUCCCGGGUUCUCCGGACAAAACGUGACGUCAUACGACGCGGAGUAAUACACCAUCGUUGCUCGAUACGAGUGGAGGGUCUGUCUGUGACGCUCAAACAUUGGAUUCUGCGCUUCAUCAGGAACUGCUUUCGAUUGUUGGCGGGCGCCGCCAUCUUGGUCAGUGGAGUCACAAGCGGCAGUUCGAGAGGCUGAUAUUAACAAUCCUUUGUGGCUAAUACUCGUUGAAUUAGUGUGUUUCUUCCACCUUAUUUGCAUCAUUUCUUGGUUUAAAUAUCAGUCAAUUAUCAUUUAGAAUGGCUGAACGAGAAGAUAACGUUUACAAGGCGAAGCUUGCCGAGCAGGCGGAGCGCUAUGAUGAAAUGGUCGAGGCAAUGAAAAAAGUAGCUUCAUUGGAUGUUGAACUGACAGUAGAAGAAAGAAAUCUACUCUCAGUUGCAUAUAAAAAUGUUAUUGGAGCUAGAAGAGCUUCUUGGCGGAUAAUUUCAAGUAUUGAACAAAAAGAAGAAAAUAAAGGUGCGGAAGAAAAAUUGGAAAUGAUCCGUCAAUACAGAUCUCAAGUCGAGAAAGAACUACGAGAUAUUUGUGCAGACAUACUCGAAGUACUCGAUAAACAUCUUAUUCCCUGCGCUUCAACAGGCGAAUCAAAAGUUUUCUAUUAUAAAAUGAAAGGUGACUAUCACCGUUAUUUGGCAGAAUUUGCUAUCGGAACUGAUAGAAAGGAAGCCGCUGAAAAAUCUUUAAUAGCAUAUAAAGAAGCAAGUGAAAUUGCAAUGACAGAACUUCCUCCAACUCAUCCUAUUCGUUUAGGAUUAGCUCUUAACUUCUCUGUCUUUUAUUAUGAAAUUUUGAGUAGUCCUGACAGAGCAUGUCGUCUAGCAAAAGCAGCUUUCGACGAUGCUAUUGCCGAACUUGAUACCCUUUCUGAAGAGAGUUACAAAGAUUCUACCCUUAUUAUGCAACUUCUCAGGGACAAUCUUACUUUAUGGACCUCAGAUAUGCAAGGAGAUGGUGAUGGCGAACAAAAGGAACAAACGCAAGAUGUGGAUGACCAGGAUGUAUCGUAACUUUAGUUCCAGUGAGUGUUAAUUGCGCAUGUAAUUGAAAUACAAGAAAACAACAAAAUAACAAUAAAUAAACUCUUAAUAAUUAAGUAUACAAAAAAAUAAAUAAAUAAAUAAAUUUAAUUCAAAAAGCGAAAAAGUCGCAGUGAAGAAGAAGAUUAAAGGGAGGGUGUAAAAGGAUAUGAAAAUAUGAAUUGAAAAAAAAAAGGGUAUCUUAAAUAAUUGCGUGAUAAUUUUAAACACAUCUGCAUAAAAUUAAUUUCACAAAUAAUCAAUUGAAAA